CAAAAGAAAGAAAUACUUCUAUUAAUGUAACAUUUAGAGUCAUAGAGGAAACAAGCCAAUAAAUGUGGUGUUUUCCCCAGGAGGCUCUGACACAACUUCCACAAUUUCAGUUACAUCAUACCUUAAUUUCUUGAGCAGUGUGGGCUUCUGCCAAACAGACCAAGAUUUUACCCUCACUAAUAUCAAGAAAAGAGAGAUACAAAAUGAUUCGCUGUUGUACUGCGGCACAAGGACAGUAUGCGGAGUUUGUGUGCCUAAAUUUUGUGUGACAGGUACUUCGUGGUUUUCCAACAGAGAACUGGAAAGUUUGGGUUUCCGAGACGUCAUUGCACCACACAGUUUGACUAACGCCCUCUUUCGUGUUGUAGAACGUAAUAGGUGUUAGAUUCAAAGAAAUGAGGCCGCACCAUCACAGGCAGAAAUGAUAAAGGAAGUGAUUGUUAGUAGAGACAACAUGCUGCCAGAGGCGAAGAGCAGCUGAACAUGUGGCUUCCCUUCUGAACUAUCAACAGACAAGUUAGCAUGUCUUGUCUGCAAGACAGAUUUUCACCACUUCCUUCCUUAAGUCUGGGACACCUUUGCUCCGAUUCAGUCAUCUGAGUACUGUUAGGGUCCCACAAUUCAACACCUUAUCGAGGUCCCUUGUAAUGACAUCAGCUCAUCCAACACACUGGAUAAAUUGUGAUACAUUCUAAGUUAUUUCUACAGCACCUCUUUCCAAAAAUGAAGUCUACAGCAGGUCCCAUUAUGAAGGAUGAGAAUUGUGUGGUAAACGACAAGAUGGUGCCAUUUGGUACACUCUACAUCAUUAUCUUCCUGAUAGGCAUGGCUGGCAGCCUGGUGGCACUCUGGGCAUUUAUACACAGUAGAAACUCCAAAAAGUGCAUGAAUGUCUACCUGAUCAACCUUCUGACCUCUGACUUCUUGCUGACAUUGGCAUUGCCGGUCAAGAUCGCUAUAGACUUUGGUGUGGAAUCCCAGAGACUAAGAAUUUUCCACUGUCAAGUCAGUUCACCACUCAUCUACAUCAACAUGUAUGCCUCUAUCAUAUUUCUUGCUUUUGUCAGUGUACAACGUUACUUCCAGAUCACCCAGAGCUCCAAGCUGUUCCGUCUGCAGGAGGUGGGCUUUGCCCUCAUGAUGUCAGCUGUAGUCUGGCUUCUGGUGCUUUUCAUCAAUGUCCCCAACAUGGCCAUCCCAAUCAAGGACAAGAUUUCUAAUAGCACUUUAAUAACAUGUAAAGAUAUUAAGCAGGAUGUUGGCAAGCACUGGCACACACUCUCGAUUUUUCUUGGCAUGGCAAUUUUCAUGAACGCCUCUGUGGCUGUGCUUAUGUCCAACGGCCUGGUGCUGAAACAGUUUUGGGGCAAACGUGGAGGAGACCCUGAGGAGGAGGCCAGUGCUCACCAUGCCACUCUUAAUAUCGCAAUGGUGACAGUGGCUUAUGUUGUGUGCUUUGUGCCAUAUCAUGCUGUUCGAAUGCCUUAUACAUUUACACAGAAUGAGAUAAUCACUGACUGUGGCAUUAGGAAGCAUCUAUUCUUAGCCAAAGAGUCCACUUUGCUUCUUGCCAUCCUAAACCUGUGCUUUGACCCAGUGCUUUACUUUUUUAUUUGCCCCUCAUUCAGACAUCAGAUCACACAGGUUUUCACUAAAAGGAGAAACCUAGACAGAAACAUUGAAUCUGACCCAGAUCAAAAGCUACAACUACAGCCAGUUACAUAAGCAGACAGAAUAGAUGUCAGAUAAAAAAAAAAGUCUGAAACAGGAUGUCAUUUACCAGCACUGCACUAGGCACGCAGUGUGUCAGGGUCUAUAAAACCAAUACGGAGAUGCCAGAUAUAUAAGCAACAAGAGAAAUAUUAUGUUCUCUCACAUAAGUCACAAAGUUUCUACCAGAUAAAUAACUAUGUAAACUAUUAACAUAAUAUUAAAACUAUAAUAGGUACAAUUUAAAGCUAAGCUGCAUACAAAGUAUCUAAGACCAAAAAUGAAUCAGGUUUUUUGUUUGUUUGUUUGUUUGUUUUCACAAAAUAGGAAAAAUCUUGAACUGCCUAGCUUUGCACAAUGAAAACAUCCUGUUUACUAAGUCUGUUUACUAGGUCUACAUAUUAACAUUUCUCUUAAUAUAUUGUGCAUUUUAAUUUACACAAAUGGAAUUAGUUGCUCAUAUGUAGAAUUAAAUAAUCCUGAGAUUUCAAAUGGAGGAAAUAGCAAACAUUCAUUUAAUGUAUUUAGACAAUAGAGGAUAUUGAACAGUUUAAUGUCAGGCAGAAAAUUCUUUAUAGUUUUCUAAAUGCUGCCAUUUGACUGCAGGAAUUUGACCAAACAUCAGGCAAACCAUCAUGGUGUUGUGCUUUUAUGUAAGAAACAUUAUGUAGCUCCUGUUUAGCUGAUUAUUUGAAUUUGGAAUAAUCUUUUUCAAACACUGAAUGCUUUUACAUCUGUUGGUGGAGUUUACCAUAUCAGUAUUCACAGUUAUAUGGCUCCUCAUGAGACCAAGUGUUAAUAAGUAAAUAUUUACUGUUAAAAAUGAUUUUUAACCAAUUACCAAGAAAGUAACCAGUUUUAUAAAAUAUGAGCACUGAAUAGAUCACACAGGGAAAAGCCCUGAUAUGACUCAUUGUUUUAGUGUGUCACACUGCUUUCUCUGACACCCAUUAUGUUUUCACUUUUACAUUUAAAAACUGCUUCUGAUUUAUAAAUCUUGUAUAUUUAUCUUAUUGUGAUCUUUUCUUCUCUUCAUGUUUAUAUAAUCAUCUGAUAUUUUCCAGUAAAAAGUACCACAGAUGAGAGAUGCUGGGAACCCAAAAACAGACAGAGACCUGUCUAUGAAUCAUGCCUUGACUCAUGCCUUAAACGGUUGACAAAUGUUAACACCUACUGGUUAUUUCUCAUCACUCCAUGUCUAGACAUAUUCAGUUGGCCAAAAAGGCCAGAAUGUUAUUUUAGCUAUAACAUGGGUUUUCCCAUUUCAUAUGCUGGAGUAUUUUUCAUUUAUAAUUACAGAUGUGGUAAGGAAUGACUUUAUUAAUUUAUUAUUUUUAUUUUUAACUUUAUAAUAAUGUAAAUGAAUUAAAAACACCAAACAUUAGUAUUGCAUUUGGAAAUAUUGAAACAUUCUUGUAAGACCACAAAAUAUGUCUUAAACACAGACUGAUGCAUUUGAAUAAUUAUGUAGUAGUCUUAUGUGGGAGAGGAGUUUUGUUUAUCUCUGAUUGAAGAUGUUAUUUUAAUUAAUAAAAGUCUUGUGAGUUUGCUGACACUCUGAUCUAGUAAGCAAGGUAUUGAUCAGCACAAACAUAGUGUUUUUAUUUUUUAUCACUUUAUAACUCUAACAACACAACAUGGAUACCCUUUAGAUCUCAACAACUGCUGCUGUUUAUUUUUCCCUUCUGUUUAUUUUGCAUGUAAAUGUUACGAAACAGCUUUUGUAGUCUGAUACGAUCAUGAAAUAACACUUCCUGUUUUCAGUUAG